UAUGAUUAUGUGGCAUGUAUGAUUUCCUGUUAUUGAAACCGGUUUUAAACUUUUUUUGUGUCAUGUUUCCAGCAUGUUCAGCGUCAAUUCUGAUUUAAAUCAAGAUAAUGCCAUUAACGAAAUGUAAAUUAACCACUCUAGCAUGUAAUCCACACAUCUACAUCUUCUCUACCCCUCAACUUUCUGAGAUCUCUACAAAUUCCUGAGGAUGGAGACUCGAGUGAUAUACUCCGUGGUUGUCGUGGUGACUGUGGCGUUGUGCUACUACAAGGCCCUGGGGUGUGGCUUUGUUUUCGAUGACAUGUCGGCCAUUGUGGAGAACAAGGACCUCAGACCACGGACUCCAGUAGUGAACCUCUUCUGGAACGACUUCUGGGGGACUCCUAUGAGAAUGGAGAAGAGUCACAAGUCGUACAGACCUCUGUGUGUUCUAACGUUUCGAAUGAACUACGCAGUCAGUGAACUGGAACCAAUGUCUUACCAUCUAGUCAAUGUCGUCCUCCAUGCCAUCAUGUGUUUGUUGUUUAUGAAAGUUUGUAACAUGUUUUUGAGAGAGUUAACCAGUUUUAUAGCAGCCCUGUUGUUUGCCGUUCAUCCUAUCCACACUGAAGCAGUAACUGGAGUGGUGGGGCGAGCUGAGGCAUUGUCUUCCAUAUUCUUUCUGGCAGCAUUAAUCACGUAUUCCAACUGUACCUCAUAUCACGGCAAAAUUAAGUGGCCUCCCUUGAUAGGAACCGUGGUACUGGUUACCAUAGCGAUGUUGUGUAAAGAACAAGGGAUCACUGUUAUUGGAGUGUGUUGUGUGUAUGAAAUAUUUGUGGCUCAAAGAGCAUCAUUCCAAGAGCUCUUAGCCAUUUUGGGAAGCUUUAUCCGAGGGAAGCCACACAUUCCCUCCUGGUUAAGGAACUCCAUUGUACGUGCCAUAUUUUUAGUUGGGACGACUGUCUGUUUACUGAUGGCCAGAAUUAAAGUUAUGGGGGCCCAGCUUCCAGUGUUCACCAGAUAUGAUAACCCAGCUUCCAUGGAGAACACUCCAGUAAGACAGCUGACUUAUAACUACCUGCUGCCAAUCAAUGCUUGGCUCCUCCUCUUCCCCUCAGGGCUGUGUUGUGAUUGGACGAUGGGAACAAUCCCAGUGAUCAGUUCUAUACUGGACCCCAGAAAUCUUAUAACUCUGGCAUUUUAUGCUGUUUUAGGGAAAUUUAUACUUUUUAUGCUGCAAGGACAAGAUAAGAGAAACAGGGCCAUAAUCAUGAGUUUUUCUCUGCUGAUCCUCCCGUUUAUCCCCGCCUCUAACCUGUUUUUCCCCGUGGGGUUCGUGGUGGCGGAGCGGAUCCUAUACACCCCCAGUAUGGGCUUCACCAUGUUAGUGGCUCUAGGGCUACAGAUUCUGAUGGACAACAAACAGAAUCUUAAGCCAUUACUCUGGGCUAUGUUGGGGAUGCUUCUUUUUACCCACAGUCUGAAAACCUUCGUAAGGAAUGGAGAAUGGGAGUCCGAAUACAGCAUUUUCAGAUCAGCAUUAAAAGUCAACACCAAAAAUGCCAAACUAUUUAACAAUGUGGGACAUGCGUUAGAGAAGUAUGAGAAAUAUUCGGAGGCCUUGGAGUACUUUGAGAAGGCUGUCAGUGUUCAACAUGAUGACAUUGGAGCCCACAUCAACGUAGGAAGAACGUAUAACAACAUGAACAUGUCCAAGGAAGCAGAGGCUGCCUACAAGAAAGCUCUUAGUUACUUCCCACAAAUACAGCCCGGCAAAAGUUACCAGGCUCGCAUUGCUCCAAAUCACCUGAAUGUUUAUCUCAACCUGGCAUCUCUUGUCAGCAAAGACCCCACCAGACUGCUAGAGGCUGAUAAGUACCUGAAGACAGCUGUUAGUAUGAGACCAGACUACAUACAAGGAUACAUAAACCGGGGGGACAUCCUAGUCAAACUGGGACAGAAAGAGGAGGCAUUAGAAGUGUAUAACAUUGCCCUGAAGUAUGAACCUGACAAUGCAGAUGUUCAUUAUAAUAUUGGAGUGGUUUUACUGGAGCUAGGACGACCAGAGGAGGCUAGGAAGAGUUUUGAAACGGCUCUUCUCCAUGAACCAGACCAUGAGCAAUCACUGUACAACUCUGCCAUAAUGAUUCAGGAGUCUGGAGAACCGAGACAGUGGCCUGAGGCCAUUAGAAGACUUUCAAAACUAAUUAAGAAGGAUCCUAAGGAGCCCAAGUACUAUUUUACCCUGGGGAUGAUUCACAUGGACAUGAAGGACUACCUCGAGGCGGAGAGGGACUUCAAGAACUGCAUCAAGUUUGACCCCUUCUUCAGGAGUGCUUUGUUUAACCUGGCUCUGAUGUUGAACAACAACUUAAACCGACCACUAGACGCCAUUCCUUACCUGGAAACUCUCAUUGAGAAUGAGCACUUCAAGCAUUACCCAGAGCAUACCAAAGCCUUACUUCUGAUGGGAGACAUUAAUGUGAAUGCCCUCAAAAAGCUUGACGAAGCAGAGAAGAACUUUGCCCGGGUGGUGCAGCUGGAGCCCAAAAAUGUGCAGGCCCACCACAAUUUGUGUGUGGUGUACGUGGAGCGCGGCGACCUGAUCCGUGCGGAGAAAUGUCUGAUGGCAGUCCACAACAUGGCUCCCACGGAACAGUACAUCAUUAAUCACCUCAAUAUCGUCAGGACCAAACUUAACGAACUGAUUAAAAAACGACAGGAGGAGAUGAAGAAUCAAAAACCAGGCCAACCUCUAAAAGGCCAACCUCCAGCAAACAAACCAUAGCUCGCAUACAUUUACAUGCAUAGUCCCAGAGGUUGAUGAAUAGAUUUUGAACUUUUUUUAUUUUAGUUUUGUUAAUGACUCACAUGUGUGGCAAAAGUAUAGUAUAUUUUAGAAAUCUGAGGGCUUAUUCAUGUGAAAAUGUUCAGAGUGCUUAGUUUAUAAUUCGAAGAAGUCCUUAAAGUAUACAGUACAUGUAUAAAGUAUUAUAUGAAAAAAAAAUUGUAUCAAUUUAUUUGCACAUUUGUAAUAUGAAUUAAUUCACUUCUGCCUGAAAUGAAAAAAAUGAGAAGAAAAAGGAAUAAUUUAGAUGUCUGAUCUCUGACAAUUACUCUUUUAAAAAAAUUGAUAAUUGGUUUACUUAAAAAAAAUUAUAUAUUAAAAUCUGAAACUUUAAUACAGA